AUGAAACCAAAACUUCUCCCCGUAGAAUGUGAAAAAUUAAUUCGCCGUCUACUAUGCACUGACGUAAGCAAGAGGAUAUCAAUGAAGGAUAUAAUAUCCCACGAAUGGAUGAAGUUGGGUGGGGACGAUCCGGAGUAUGACCGUUUGAUUGAAAUGUCUCUGGACCCCCUAGUGACCAGUGAUGUGCCUCUCUGUCCUAUGAUCAUCAACCAGAUGGUCCAAAAUUAUGGACUGACUAAAGUUGAGAUUAUGAAGAGUCUGUUGAGUAAAAAGUUCGACAACACAAGCGCCAUGUACAACUUGCUGUACGACAAAUACAACAGAACCAGCAGUGGUGGAAGCGUUCUCAGACCAAACAAACAAGAUCGCAGAUCCAGUAUCAAUGCUGAUAGAGUGGAGAAAGACGCAGACCAACGCGAUGCCAAAUUAACGAAAAGCAGUCCCCUGGAUGAUAUGACCAGAUACUUAGCCAUGCGAAGACACACAGUCGAUACCAGUUUGGGCAAUGACCAGGCUGGUAUUGACGAUAAAGCUAAAACUAAGCUCGGCGUGAAAGAGCUGAAACAGAGCGGCCAUCUAGCUCUGGCUAGCUCUAGCCAUAAUCACAAUCAUCAUCAACACCAUCAUCAUCAAGUUCGCCAUGGUAAUGGCCACAGUAGUAAUAAUGCAAUUGUCGGUACUGAUAGUAGUGGUAACAGUAUUGGUGUUAGUAGUAGUGUUAUGAGUGGUAGUAGUAGUAGCAGCGGCGCCAAUGGCGUUACUGGUAAUUAUAAAAAGAAGAAUAGCUUGAGUCCGAACGUUCUAAAUGACACGCAGAAGAAAUUGCAGGUCUUAUCUAGGAUUGAUUAUUGUAACUCGCUCUACUAUGGUCUUCCUGACUCUAUACUCUAUCCUUUAAGUAAAGCUUUUAACUCUGCUGCUCGUCUUGGUGCUCGUGCCCCUUUCUUUUCUCAUUUAUCUCCAUAUCUUGUUCUCUUGCCCUGGAUACCUAUAAUAUUACCGCCAACGGCCUUCGGAAACAGUUCGCGAGAUUCUUUGAAGACGGACCACAAAACGUCACAUCUGCUCAGCCCGCUAGCAAACAUACUCGGGUUGUCAUCACCGAGGCGUGCCAGUGAGAUGAUAAUGCCUAGUGGCAAGCAGCAGUCGAAGUUGGAGAAACUUUAUAACAGAGCUAUCUCGGGCGAACCGCAAGGUGGCUCAAGUAGCGGCGCUCUACGCUCCAUGCCCCAAGAAAACCGGAAAUUGGUUAGGCAGGGUGGAGUGCAAAACUUCGAAAAACUGAGCGAUUUCAACAGGCCAACUGGUCUUGUUAAGCCAGCGAUAACCGAUUUAGCAAUAAACGCAUUGAUAUCAUCCAUCCCUAAAUGCUCAAUGCCCAGUCUCAAAAAGUCAUUCCCCAGUUUGGACGAAGAGGAAGAUGGCGAGGAGGAAUGUAUAACCUCCCUCUGAUUUUCAACCUUUGACCUACUGACCUACAUUCAUACUAACAUAUACAUACAUUCAUACAUACAUAGAUACAUACAUACCUACAUGUAUAUGAAAAAAAUACAUACACACCUACACAUAUACAUACUGACGUAUAGAUACAAUUAUAAAUACUUACAAACAAACAGAUGUAAAUAUCUUUAAUGCGUUAAGCGAGAACAUACUACACUACAUUCACCACAUUUUGAUGCAAGAUAUGAUUACACACACACACACACAACAAACAGACAAACGAACUCACACACUCACACACACGCACGCGCAAAGACACACGCGCAAACAUAUUACGCAACCUAUG